GCCGAGGAGAGGUCGCUGAUUGAGCGCAUCAGCACCUUCCAAACACUGGUUGUUUUUAAUAUGUUUGCUGUCGAUAUUCAAUGCAGAUGAAAACCUGUUUCGUCCAUUUCAGUCGAUCUUCAAAUUCACCCGGAAAGAUACCAGGGUGUGUGUGACCGAGAUGGCACUCUUUUCGGUCGUGUUGGCUGUGGCACUCUUGACGACGAGGGCAUGGUCGACCCAAGAUGAUCUAGGAAUGAAGGAUACCCAUGGUGACCCGCAAGGAGGACUGACCUUCAUUCUCCCCGCGGCGUAUAAGGACCCAAAGACGCAUCCAGGAACCAGGACCAGAAACCCUUUUCUCCGACGGAAGUCCUUCCCGGAGCCCGAUAUAGUCGUCAGGUAUAUUGACGGCCAUGAGGAGGUCUUCGAGGAGGACCUUCAGGAGCAUGACUUCGACGGCGAGAGGGUCCGGCGUCAGGUGGAGUCGUCGAAAGAGGCAGAUGGCGAAGCUCGCUCUGGGGCAGGUCCUCCUCGCGUGUUCGAUCUCGGCGAGACGGCAAACGGCGGAGGGAAAGCGGUGUAUGGAGGCGCAGAAGGAAAGAGCGGAAGUUACAGUUCGGAUGAUGACGUGAAGGAGGGAGGCAAAACUACUGAAGGAGCAGAGCAGGAAACUUCCCAGAUCGACGUCACUACAGAAGCCAUUAGCCAAGCCAGCGUCGAUCAUGGGGAGAACGAAACCAGAGUUCUUGGCGUGACAGACGCUAGCAACGAAAAUCGCUCUGUACAAAACGACCAGCUUACACACACCACUGACGAAGCCGAAGGAUUAAGAACCGAAGCAGAAACGACCACAGUCAAGCGAGACCGACAGAGGGAACACCCACCCCCCGGUAGAGAGUUACCCGACGUGCAGGAAAUGUCAUCGUCGCUCGGCUUCUCCAUCCGCCAAUAUUACCAAGACCUUCUCAGCUAUUACUCGCUUUACCAGGCGCCAAGCAACCACCUGCUGCUUGAUCAAGAGCGUGCGGUUUACGAGGCACCCGGAGCUGAGUCUGGGAUAAACGCACACACUACCUACCAGCAGAACCUCCCUCAUUACUACGUGGUCUAUCCCUACGGCUCGAACUGGGCGCCGGCAGGAGGGUCCUCGCUGAUGCAAAACUUCCGUUCAUCGGUUUCUGAGGCGGCCGGGAGUGACGUUUACCGGCUCACCAUGGACCGGCUGCAGGAGGCUCUUCGGGCGCCCAUUGACCAGCCGGACGACGAGGAAUCCCCACACAGUUCCGCCAGGCUUCCAACGAACCCCAGCGACCCUCCAGCGAGCCCCGACGAACCGCUAGUGAAACCCGAGAACCUUCCAAUGAACCCUAGCGAACCCCCAACGAACCCCCAAGACCCGCCGUCAGCUCUGAAGGAGUUUCGAACCCCGUCUCGCAUUCCGAACCAGCUGCGGACUCUCUUCUCCCGUGUUGGCCACGGAUCCUCUCGCGCAUGUCAGGCAGGGAAAUGUGAGGCAGAUGGAGACGCAAAGACAAUGGUACUGGGGAACGAGAGAGGGGGUGAUCCUCUGGCUGGAACCCUUGGCGGAGUAUUGAGAUACACGCAGCCGUUCAUGUACACUUUCCCCCUCUCUCGCCGGGGUCUGUCCUGGCCUUUUGGUUACGACCUGGCACGCAGUCCGGUCUAUUACCCGUCGACGCACCUCAUUAGCCCUCAUUGGCAGAACAGUCCUUCCGCGCAUGAUAGUAAUCCUUCCUCUCACUCGGACAACCCUCUCUCUUAUUCAAGCAGUCCUUCCUUGCACACAAACAACCCUGCCUCACACACGGACAAUCUUUUUUCACACACAAACAAUCCUCCUUCACACGCAAACAAACCUUCCUCUGAGACAAAUCCUCCCUCUCACGCAAAUAUCCUUUCCUCUGACACAAACCUCCCUGCCUCACACGCAAACAAUCAUUUCCAACACCAUGGUAACCCUCAUUUCAGCGAUCCUUCCUCGCGCUCUACACCGCAGGAGUUGGACGAUGAUUCUCGAGGAUCCUCAGUGGAUUCCCAUUCCGAAGAAAAGCUUGAGUCGCGAGACCGAGAGUUCGCUUCAGGACGCAGACCCUAUGGUUCUUACACUCCCUCGAAUGAACAUAAAGGGACGGUUCAAGAUAGCCGGAGUGGAAAUGGCGCCUGGGACACGACGCGCCUGGCCUACGACUCCCUUUCACCUUCGAAUCGCGAUCACCAGGCCUAUAGGUUCCACACAGAGAGUGACGUAACAGGUUUACCUCCUCGUGAAAAAGCGGCAACUGAUAAUCGCUUUCCCUAUGAUUUACAGUUAGGGUAUAACAUGUACACAAUUAACACAGGUGGUGGCCCUCCAACUAAUGCACGUGUCUUAGUGUCGCACUCAGAGCUUCAAUCCUCCGUGAAGCCUAACACACGUGACAUUGAAAAGAAUCGCGAAUACAGAGCGAAUGAGAGAUCACAGAUUGUUCUCGCAGAUCCUAAAGGAUAUGAAACCCAGGUUCUCACUGGAAACCAAGCAAGGUACGAAACGCAAGGAGACAAUGAUGAAAAGGUAUCUGGUGGCCAAGGAAACUACCAGCUAAGGGGGAUAACCGGAUCUAACCAACCAGUGUACGGCUAUCGUUGGGUUUCAGAUGAUCGUACGGAACUCAAUGAUGAGCAGGCAUACUACGUAUCCAUUGCAGAACAGGACGCGAUGGAUCCAGCUGAGCCAGAUCCUGUGCAGCAAGACAGACGCCAAAGAAAUCACGAGGCAUUGUAUCCUUUCCUCAUUCUCCAUCACGGGCAAGAGCUCUAGUUUUAUUCAUAUUAGUUUUAAGGUUGUGAUUUUAGUAUUGAUGCACAUUUCCCGUAUUUUAAUAAAUAAUAUA